AUGCUGAGGGCUGAUUGCUAUGGCGGCCCCCAUGACAUUUUUGAGCGGGAAAUUCUCUCGAGGAUCUUGGAAGUAUCUACGAACAGUUCUCAUGAAGGCCGCAAUUAUGUAUUGCAUCUCCUUGGACAAUUCAACCAUACGGGGCCAAAUGGAGACCACGUUUGCCUUGUUUUUGACGUGCUAGGGCAUCAUCUAGAUUUCCAAGCUGCCAAGUAUAUGGACGGAAAGUUACCUAUGAAGGCAGUGAGGGAAAUUACAAGGCAGCUUCUCCUGGGGCUGGAUUUUCUUCCAGGGAGUGCGGCAUCAUUCAUACAGUUGGAAACCCCAAACGACACCAUUUCCGAUUAUAUCAACUCCAUUCCUCCACGGACGACCGAUCGUCAAAAUGGUGCUAUAGUCCCGCUUCGGGAGGUUAUCACGACACCGCUGGUCUCCGAAAUGGCAUCGCUUCACGUCAGGAUUAUUGACUUUGGCGUUGCUUCUUGGAGAGAGAAUCAUCUGUCAGAUCUAAUCCAGUCACCCGCGCUGAGGGCACCGGAGGUAACUAUCGGCGCUCCCUGGGAUACUGGUGUUGAUAUAUGGAGCCUUGGAUGCCUUGUUCUGGAGUUCGUUCAAGGUAUAGUUCUCUUCUCUGGAAAAGCAUCAGAAACCGGGAGGUGGACUGCCGAAGAUGACCAUUUAGCGAGAAUUGCUGAGGUCCUCGGCCCGUUUCCGUCUAGCCUUCUUAAGAAGGGGCGUCGCUCAACAGAUUUUUUUGAUGAGCAAGGAAAGCUCAUUCGAAUUAGAAACUUAAAACCUACGAGUCUCGAGCGCUUGGUUAAUGGUGAAGUGAAGCCCUUCCUUAAACCUUGUGAUAUGCCAGAAGCUGAAAUUGCUACCUUUAUCGAUUUCAUUAAAGGCAUGCUGGAAGUCGACCCGACGUCGCGAAAGUCCGCGGCAGAACUGUUACAACACGACUGGAUUCACCUGUCGUAG